AUGUGUUUGCAGCUGCAGCAGGAGUGGAGACAGAAGUGUUUUGAGGCUCAGCAGCAACUGAGAGAAGAGAGAGACCAGCUGCACAACCAGAAAAAAGAGCUGGAGACACGAGCAGCUGCCGCUCAGAGCAGAGUGAGGGACCUGGAGGAACACAGGCGCUCACCGGAUACAGCUGCAGAGGUGAAGCGUGUGAUGAACGGAGUUUUCCAGAGUCUUCGAGGAAAGUUUGAGCUGCAGGAGACGUACAGUGGACAGAUCGUCAUGACAACCAUCGUCACAACCAUCAAAAAUGUGACUCUGCAGCUGCUCAGUAGUGGCUCCGAGAGACCCCCAGGGACCCCAGAGACCCCAGAGACCCCAGAGACCCCAGAGACCCCAGAGGAGAUGGGAACACGAACGCCAACAGAAAACACACAAAGAAAAGAGUCUUCUAAGUGUUCAUCAGGAGAAGGAGCAUCAGAAGGAGGAGCAUCAGAAGGAGGAGCAUCAGGAGGAGGAGCAUCAGGAGGAGGAGCAUCAGGAGGAGGAGCAUCAGGAGGAGGAGCAUCAGGAGGAGGAGCAUCAGGAGGAGGAGCAUCAGGAGGAGGAGCAUCAGGAGGAGGAGCAUCCGGAGGAGGAACAUUAGGAGGAGGAACAUUAGGAGGAGGACCAGAGGACCAUUUACCAAAUGGAGUUAGCCAUGAACAGUGUCUGCAAGGGACAGGGACAUCUUUUGGACCCACCCCUCCGACUCACCCUCCUCCCCCUCCUCCCAACCCAGCGCGGGACGGCCCACUCCAGUGCACCAGUCUGAGGAGAAUGGACGAGGAAAAUGGAGAGGAGCCAUUUUUCCAAGUUAAAUCCACGGAGGCGCAGCACGAAGACGAGGAGGAGGAAGUGAGCCUGAAAGGUCGUCCUCCUCCAGCUCCACUGUUCGGGGAGGAAGAGGAUGAUGAAGAUUUGGACUGGCUCAACUGA